CCACUGGUUACUAAUGAUGCGCAACUGUUAACAUUUGUGCGAUACGAGGACAGUGGCACUAUGUGCGAGGAAUUUCUUUUUUGCAAACCACUGCCCGGGCGAACUACCGGUGUAGAAAUAUUUAAAGCACUGGACGAUUUUUUCACGGAGCACAAUAUCUCGUGGCAGAGGUGCGUUGCAUUAUGCAGCGAUGGGGCCCGAGCCAUGAGUGGCAGCAAGACUGGACUGUUUGCGCAUGUAAGGAGGGUGGCUCCGGGGGUAAUUUGGACACACUGCCUGAUUCAUAGAGAGGCUCUCGCCUCCAAAGAUCUCAGUGUUGAGCUCAGUGGUGUGUUUGAUGUCGUUGUCAAGACGGUCAACUUCAUAAAACGAAACGCAUUGAAUACACGCCUGUUUUCAUCCCUAUGCCAUGACUUGGGAAGUGAACACAGCUCUCUCCUUUAUCAUUCAGAGGUGCGUUGGCUGUCUCGCGGCGCUGUGCUCGCCCGUGUGUUUGAACUACGCGGAGCUAUCUACGAGUUCUUGUGCGAGAAGCAUUCUGAUCUGGCUUCCAAUUUCAACGAUAGUUACUGGUUAACUAAGCUGGCGUACCUCACAGAUGUUUUUGCAGAGCUGAACAAGUUGAACAGCUCCAUGCAAGGGAGAGAUGCAAACGUCAUGCAGCUCUACGAGAAGCUCGACGCAUUUGUGAAAAAAAUGUCAAAGUGGAUCGAACGAGUGGAGAGCAAUAACUUGGCGAUGUUUCCUUCAGUUGAGGAAUACCCUGACAGCACUGACAUCAACGACACUAUAUGUGAGCAUUUGAGGAAGCUUGUGCGUCAAUUCGCAAAGUACUUCACUGAUUCGGAAGAGUGGCGCCGUGACAGCAAGUGGAUCCUGCUCCCAUUCAGUGACGAUGCAUCAGUAGGGUCAAGUCUGACGGCUGUGGAAGAGGAUAAGCUGAUUGAGAUGUCCACAGACUCUGUCAGGAGGCAUAUGUACGACACACAGCCCCUUGUUAAAUUCUGGAUAAGUUGCCAGACAGAAUUUCCACAGCUUGCUGCAAAAGCAAUGAGGUGUCUUUUGCCCUUUCCAACCACAUACCUGUGUGAGAGUGGUUUUUCUACACUGGCGUACUUAAAGAAUAAGUACAGGGCUAGGCUUGAUCCAGAGAAUGACAUGAGACUGUCUCUGUCUACCAUUUCGCCACGAAUAGACAGGCUGUGUGGACUUCACCACGCCCAGAUAUCACACUGACAGCAGGUGAUUGGUGACAGGUCUGUCCUGGCUGGGUUAUAAAAGCCCUGACCAGCCAGCAGUUGAGGCUGCCUUGGUCUUCAUUUGUUGGAUUUUGGUUCUCCGGUGUUGUUGGAUUUUUGUUCUCCGUUGUUGUUUUGUCACACACCUAGACUGACUUUGCAUGACAUUUUUAGUUACUUUUCCCAAUACUGAAUUGCACAACACUUUAUUAUUCUUUAUUCUUUCUUUAAAAUAAUCUUUAAUUUAAUUUAAUUUAAUAAAUCUACUUUUAUUAUUAUAAAAUCUGCGUGGCCUCUCUUUCAUGUUUCAUGCAUUGAGCUAUGCAUGUAACACCAAAUACACACGCGCACGCGCAGGCACAUCAGUGGGCCGCGGAUUGCUUUCUAGUCCGAAUGGUGGUCCCUGGGACAAAACCAGUUGAAAACC